UCAAAUCGACCCGCCGCUCUUCCGUAAAAACGUCAAGGCCUGGGGAUUCUCAUACGCAGAAUGGUGGUCUUGAGCAACUCUUUGAAAGUGACCUUCCCUGAGGUGGAGCUGCGAGGUCGACCAGUCUCAGUCUCCGGGGCCUUUGAGGAACUGGCACCUUUUGGCGAGAUUAUGCGGCUGGAACUUUUGCCAAAUCAAGCAGAAGUGGUUGUGAGCUACUACGAUUCUCGUUGUGCUGCACAAGUUUUUGAUGAACUUGGCAGCCGCUGCACUUGGGAACCACAGUAUGGUCAAUGUACUGUGCGCGCUUCGAGCGAGGUGGAGCUAUACCCGAGCACGGUCAGCCAGAUCUGUUGUGCACGCAAAGAUGACAGCGACCUGUACAGCCUUCUUUUCUACGAUGUCCGUGCAGCUGAGACGUUCGCGGCAGAGGUUGGCUCGACUAUGGAUUGUAGGCAGCAAAAGAAGGCGUUCAUCGCGCCGGCGCAAACACCUCGACGUGCAACUCCUGUGGCGCCACGAUAUUUGAACGACUUGGGCAUUUCCCAGGUGGUGUGGGCUGAUUUGGAUAGUGGCCUGGAGACCCGAACAACUUUGCGAAUCACCCGGCUGUGUCAAAGACUGUGCAACCCAAAGAGAUUUCAGAUGUUGUUGGAAGAAGCCAACUUGGCACAGUACGUGGAUGUCUUCCGUACUUUCGCUACGGCGCGUGGUUGCGGCGCUGCGUUGUUGAAUGUGACCUCUGCUUUGGGGGUGAAGAUUGUGGCGAAGUUCUUCCAUGGAAGACAGUGGGGCAAGACUAUGCCCGCCUCGGUGAGUUUCGCGGUGACUCAGGGUCGAGAUGAGGUUCUGGCAAAGUACCCCAUCCAGGAAAGCAGCAGCCUCGCGAGUCGCAUUAGCAAAGAACCACUGCAGGUGGUCCUCCGAUCGGUGGAGAGCACCUCGGAGAUGAGCACAGAGGCAAGCGAGUGCGAUUCAGAUGGCAGUUCCAGCAGAGGACCUGCCAGUUGAGAGAUCCGCAUCCAGUGGGCAGUGGGGUUGCAGAUAAGAGGCAACCGCGGCUACCACAGGUUUUUGGUUUGCUGCUCAGAACUGCCCAAACCAGAAGC